AUGUGGUUGCCAGGACUCUUCCAUCAGUUUAUUAUGAUUCUCCCAGCCUGUGAAGGAAGAUGUUGGGAGAUGCUCUCGGGUGUGGUGGUCAUAACUAGCAAGGAUUCCGUCCAACACCAGGGAGUUUCUUUGACAAUGGAAGGAAGUGUAAACCUCCAGCUCAGUGCCAAAAGUGUGGGUGUGUUUGAAGCUUUCUAUAAUUCCGUUAAGCCUAUCCAGAUUAUCUCCAGCACCAUAGAAAUGGUAAAGCCAGGAAAGUUCCCCAGCGGCAAGACAGAAAUUCCUUUUGAAUUUCCACUGCAUGUGAAGGGUAACAAAGUUCUGUAUGAGACCUACCACGGCGUGUUUGUCAACAUCCAGUACACACUGCGCUGUGACAUGAGGCGGUCUCUGUUGGCUAAGGACUUGACCAAGACCUGUGAAUUCAUUGUGCACUCUGCCCCUCAGAAGGGGAAACUGACUCCAAGUCCUGUGGACUUCACCAUCACCCCUGAAACCUUACAGAAUGUCAAAGAGAGAGCCUUGCUGCCUAAAUUUCUUAUUAGAGGACAUCUCAACUCAACCAACUGUGUUAUCACACAGCCACUGACAGGAGAGCUGGUGGUUGAGCACUCAGACGUGGCCAUCAAGAGCAUAGAGCUGCAGCUGGUCCGAGUGGAGACCUGUGGAUGUGCAGAAGGCUAUGCACGAGAUGCCACAGAAAUUCAGAACAUCCAGAUUGCCGAUGGGGAUAUUUGCCGGAGCCUCUCUGUUCCUAUACACAUGGUUUUCCCCAGGCUGUUCACUUGCCCUACACUGGAGACCACCAACUUCAAAGUGGAAUUUGAGGUGAACAUUGUCGUGCUUCUCCAUCCUGAUCACCUCAUCACAGAGAACUUCCCGCUGAAGCUCUGCAGGAUGUAG